GUAUGCUUCAGCAGGAAAAUGGGAUUUGCAGUUUCAAUAUCCAAUGUCUUUUUCUUUUUUUCAGGCAGGUUCCUGUAUUACUGGAAAAUAGCUGGAAGGGGUUGCACUGGAAAGACUUAAAUUUUAGCAGUACUGAGUGAAUUGAUCCAAUUUAGGCCGUUGCACAGAGCAGGCGAGCGGUCGUGGCUUCUUCCCAGCAGAAGGGCAGAGCGGGCGCUCGGGCUGUCACCGCAAGACUCCAACCCUGCGGCUGAAGUCGAUGUCUUUGUGAGAGGCGGCCGUCUUUCCAGUGCAGGGGUGAUGAAGGAGCUGUUGUUCCUCAGACCCGGGGAGAGGUGCAGAGACCUGCUGACGAGGAAGAAACCCCCCUAAAAUAAAGGUGCUCUCCCUUGAUCUCUUUGAACAGCUCGUGCUAGAGUUUUGAUUUGUGAAGACUCUUUCUGAGGCAGGGCACGGCACGACAGUGGGACGAAAGGCUUUGGGUGCCCGUUUCUCCCUGGGCAGCCGGGAGGGGAAGAUGGAGAGAGGCCGUGGGCAGCGCGGGAGGUGUCGCGGCAGAAAGAGGAGGGAGAGCUCUUCCUGGGUCUUGUGACCUGUGCUGUGCAGUGAUGGUUGGUUCCUGAGCUCCAUCAUUUGUGGUACUGAGGCCCUGAGGAUUAGGAAGCUGCAGGGGUUGUGCGCUGCCCUUUGGCAGCCACCUUGAUGUGCAGAAGGGGCUGUGAAGUGAAAGACUGGUGAGUGGACAUAAACACUUGUCUCCCUGGAGAGAGAAAAAUGUUUUUGAAAUGUCCCUGUGAAGGAGCUGUGCACAGGGGGUGUAGCUCAGUGGUAGAGCAUUUGACUGCAGAUCAAGAGGUCCCUGGUUCAACUCCAGGUGCCCCCUUUGUCCUUUUCCCAGGAGAAAGCAUGAGGAGCGUUCCUUACUUUUGGAUCCUCUGGGCUCAUGCUGUGCACAGAAGGCAGGUCCCUGAACUUUAGCAUUCCAGGUACUCAACAACUGACGGCACGCUUCCUGCCAAAAUCGAUAUCUGUGUCGGUGACAGAGCAAAGACGCAACGUUUGUGGCUUGGCCGUAGCAGGAGUUGUUUGGAUCAGAGAGGAAGCUGCUGGGGAUCAGAAAGAGGAGGGAGAGCUCUUCCUGGGUCUUGUGAUGUGUGCUGUGCAGUGAUGGUUGGCUCCUGAUCUCCACCAUUUGUGGUACUGAGGCCCUGAGGAUUGAGAAGCUGCAGGGGUUGUGCGCUGCCCUUUGGCAGGCACCGUACGGUGCAUGGGGACUAUGAAGUGAAGGAAUCUGGUGAGUGGACAUAACCACUUGUCUCCCUGGAGAGAGAAAAAUGUUUUUGAAAUGUCCCUGUGAAGGAGCUGUGCGCAGGGGGUGUAGCUCAGUGGUAGAGCAUUUGACUGCAGAUCAAGAGGUCCCUGGUUCAACUCCAGGCGCCCCCUCUUUUCCACCUUCCUUUUGCCAAAAUUCUUCACAGAAAGAGGAGGGAGAUCUCUUCCUGGGUCUUGUGAUGUGUGCUGUGCAGUGAUGGUUGGUUCCUGAGCCCUGUCGUUCGUGGUACUGAGGCCCUGAGGAUUAGGAAGCUGCAGGGGUUGUGCACUGUAAUCUCCAGGCAGACGGAUUCUGGAGAGACCUUCUUCCCCCUCCGAGGUCCUGGAAAUCCCUGGGUCGGCCAAGCAUGGCAUCAGGGUUUGGCGUUUCUGCCUCACUUCUCCCUAAGCCUGCACGUAGGCACAAAGCAGCUGGCUCAGGCUCAGUGCUGCUGGUCCAGUUUUUCCUGUCCGGGUAACUGCCGUUCAUUUACGCUGUGAACAAGGCGUGGAAUGGCUCUCUCGAGGAGGGGAUCUCUGCCGAGAUGUGUCUGAAGGGAGCUGGGGGGUGGUGAUGCCCACAUCAGCCCGCAGGUCCUUUACGGAGUGGGAGCUGUGGCUGCCCGGCGGCCCCGGGGCUCGAACUGCCGACCUCGGGACCCGCAGCCGGACGCUCUGCCCCUGAGCUGUGCCCUCGGCGCUGGGCUGUGGCGCAGGGGGCUGGCGGGAAGCGGUGGCUUAGGGGCAAGGCGCCGGGUCGCGAUCCGGGAGGUCACCGGUUCUAACCUCGCCCCCGGACGCUGCCGCCGCCUGAGGCAACGGAACUGCCCGGCGGGUGACCGCCCUUGUGUAACGGGAAGCAGGGGAGAGCUUCUGCCCGGGACACCCCAGGUUCAGGGACACCCCUCGGCCGCUCCUUGGCAAAGCCAAAGACCUGCAGGCCCGGCUACGCCAGGCCCCGGCCUGACGGCACCGGCGGCGCUUGGGACACCGCAGCUCCGUGCACCCCACAGCCUUCAGCCCCCUCCUUUCCCCGGGACUUUCACGCCAGUCUUUGAAAUGCUUCGGGGGUUUGCUUGCUGCAGUUUGGUUUGGUUUGUUCCUCCUCUUUCCCUACCAAACGGCAUCGGAGGCGCGGCUGUGCGCUGCUCUGCCGCCUUCGCCCGCCAUCUUGCCGGCGGAAGUGACGACUCUGAGGCGCGCGGCUCAGACGCCGGCGGCGACGCGGCGCCUCGUGAUGACGCACGUCCAGGCCCGGUAGCCGCGGGGGAAGCGACCGCCCGCCGCCAUGGGGGGAGGCGACCUGAACCUGAAGAAGAGCUGGCACCCCCAGACCCUCACAACGCCGAGCAGGAGCGUGAGGCCACGUGGGAGAAGAUGGAGGAGCUGCUGCCGUGCGCCAAGGACACGGGCACCGGCCGGUGAGGGGGUGCGGGGACUCCCGGUGCCCCUGAGCACUGUGGCCGCAUGCACAGGGAGGGCUGGAUAGAGGAUUCAUUCCUCAGGUGUGAGGUGGAACAGAGGCACCUGAACAGGAGUUUGGGAGAGGCAGGCCGUUGCACAGAGCAGGCGAGCGGUCGUGGCUUCUUCCCAGCAGAAGGGCAGAGCGGGCGCUCGGGCUGUCACCGCAAGACUCCAACCCUGCGGCUGAAGUCGAUGUCUUUGUGAGAGGCGGCCGUCUUUCCAGUGCAGGGGUGAUGAAGGAGCUGUUGUUCCUCAGACCCGGGGAGAGGUGCAGAGACCUGCUGACGAGGAAGAAACCCCCCUAAAAUAAAGAAUCUCCAGGCAGACGGAUUCUGGAGAGACCUUCUUCCCCCUCCGAGGUCCUGGAAAUCCCUGGGUCGGCCAAGCAUGGCAUCAGGGUUUGGCGUUUCUGCCUCACUUCUCCCUAAGCCUGCACGUAGGCACAAAGCAGCUGGCUCAGGCUCAGUGCUGCUGGUCCAGUUUUUCCUGUCCGGGUAACUGCCGUUCAUUUACGCUGUGAACAAGGCGUGGAAUGGCUCUCUCGAGGAGGGGAUCUCUGCCGAGAUGUGUCUGAAGGGAGCUGGGGGGUGGUGAUGCCCACAUCAGCCCGCAGGUCCUUUACGGAGCGGGAGCUGUGGCUGCCCGGCGGCCCCGGGGCUCGAACUGCCGACCUCGGGACCCGCAGCCGGACGCUCUGCCCCUGAGCUGUGCCCUCGGCGCUGGGCUGUGGCGCAGGGGGCUGGCGGGUCGGGAUCCAGCAGGUCACCGGUCACCGAUUCUAACCCCGGCCCGGGGCCACCGCCGGAGGCAAUGGAACUGCUCAACGGGUGACCGCCCUUGUGUAACGGGAAGCAGGGGAGAGCUUCUGCCCGGGACACCCCAGGUUCAGUGAUACCCCCUCGGGCCAUCGGCUGCUCAUUGGCAAUGCCACUGACCUGCAGGCCCGCUCGCAGCUACGCCAGGCACCGGCCUGACGGCACCGGCGGCGCUUGGGACACCGCAGCUCCGCUCAGCCCGCUCCUUUCCCCGGGACUUUCACGCCAGUCUUUGAAAUGCUUCGGGGGUUUGCUUGUUGUAGUUUGCUUUGGUUUUUUUCUCUUUCCCUACCGAACGGCAUCGGUAGGCGCCGCGGGCCCCCGGGGCCGGCUGUGCGCUGCUGCGCUCCGCCGCCUUCACCCGCCAUCUUGCUAGCUCCCCUCAGCGCUGCGGCGGAAGUGACGACUCUGAGGCGCGCGGCUCAGACGCCGGCGGCGACGCGGCGCCUCGUGAUGACGCACGUCCAGGCCCGGUAGCCGCGGGGGAAGCGACCGCCCGCCGCCAUGGGGGGAGGCGACCUGAACCUGAAGAAGAGCUGGCACCCCCAGACCCUGCGCAAUGUGGAGAAAGUGUGGAAAGCCGAGCAGAAACAUGAGGCCGAGCGGAAGAAGAUCGAGGAGCUGCAGCGGGAGCUGCAGGAGGAGCGAGCACGGGAGGAGAUGCAGCGAUACGCUGAGGACAUGGGCACUGUCAGGAAAAGAGAAGAAAAGUUGGAGUGGAUGUACCAGGGUCCUGGAGGUAUGGUGAACAGAGAGGAAUAUCUUAUGGGUCGCCCUGUGGACAAGUACGUCUUUGAGAAGACAGAAGACAAGGACGCGGGCUGUUCCAACGAGACAGGACUUCUCCCAGGCUCCAUUUUUGCCAAGACAGGGGCCAAUUCUGUCUUGGACAUGGCAAACAAAAUCCGAGAGGAUCCACUUUUCAUGAUAAGAAAGAGGGAGGAGGAAAAGAAGAGAGAAGUUUUGAAUAAUCCUGUUAAAAUGAAGAAAAUCAAAGAAUUGCUGCAAAACAGUUUAGAUAAAAAAGAGAAGAAGAAGAAGAAAGAGAAGAAGAAGAAGCACAAGAAACAUCGGCGUCGCAGUUCUAGCAGUGAAAGUGACAGCAGUGAUGAGGAGCGAAGCAAAAAUAAGUCUCAGAAGAGGACGAACAGUUCCUCCUGGAAACCUGCUCCUGCCAAAGUCCCAGGAUAUGGCUUACAAGUUAGGGACUCUGACCACAGGUCUCGGAGCUCUCCAGCUGCCGGCCAGGAGAGGGCCCCCCACAAGCACCGGGAUCGCUCCAGAUCCAGGAGCCAGUCCCGCUCUCCUCAGAGACGCUCUAGCAAGAAGAAUUCGGAACAGUCUGGAUGCAGGGGGUCACGGUCUCCUUCUAGGCACAGCAAACAACAUAGCAAGGAGGAGAAAGGGAGAGCUAGAAGCCCUUCCCCUAAAAAGAGCUAUCGGCGACAGCAUGCUCCGGGUUACACAAGAAAGAUCUCUCCAGAGGAGCUAGAGCGUAAACGCCAGGAAAUGAUGGAAAAUGCCAAGUGGCGGGAAGAGGAGAGAGCAAACAACCUCAGGAAACACCGAAAGGAGGAGGAGCUGGAGCGAGAGCUGGAGAAACUCGACUCCCGAGAUGGGAAGUUCUUCAAUCGCUUAAAACUAGAGAGCGCAUCUACUUCCACCCUAGAAGAUCGAGUGAAACGCAAUAUCCAUUCCCUUCAGAGAACUCCCGCUGCCUUGGAAAAAAACUUUAUGCAGAGAUGAAACUUGGUUCUUCCUCUGCUCCCAUGCAGAAGUUAAAUGGACGCUUAUUCCCAAAGGUGAGAGACCUCCAGCGCAGACUCACUGCUCUCUCCAGGAACAGUUACCAUCUCCCAAAGAGGUGCUGGAUUUCUGUGCUGCAGCCCACGGCGUGUUCUGGACUUCUGGCAUUGUGAAUACAUUUGUAAUGAGUAUGACCUUGCAAGCAAACCUUUGCUGGAGAACUCGUGAGCCCUUGUAUUCUAUUUUUAACGUAUUGCCAGAUCUUUUCCUUCUCUCUCCACCUUGACUGAUAUCAUUUUUGUAUAUUGUUAUUACCAGAUUAUGCCAGGUGGUAACUGCUUUCUACGCUGGGCAGAUUGUCCAAGUUUAUUUGACAGAGCAAAAAGAUCUAGUUUUGUUAGUCCUUAAAUACCGGAACAGAACAAAUUCACAUGUGAGUUAAUUUCAUGGAAUUCGAUAAAACUACAUGAGUGGCAGACGGAAAACUGCUCAAUGCUGUCACCGUUUCAGGUGUGGGUUUGGAGGGCGGUGUUAGACGAGUCUGCAAAAUAUCUGUAGCCGUUAUUUGGUUGCUCGCAGAUUUGAAUGGUGUUUGACCCAAAGGAAGCUGCUUCGAAGGGAAAGGAAAUGAGCAGAGCAUAGCUGAUACAGCAAAUAUUUCUCUGGGAUUUUGUAAUGUAAGUAAUGUGUAUAUGUACAGCAGUGUAGAUUUUUUUUUUUUUGAAAAAUUAAGAAACUUUACUGUCAUUUUUAAA